AUGGCGUCCGGACGCAAGGAUUUUCUUAGCCAGCAGGCGCCGGAGAAUUAUGUCGCCGGCCUGGGUCGUGGUGCGACCGGUUUCACUACGCGCUCUGACCUAGGACCUGCGCGCGAAGGCCCGACACCUGAACAGAUCCAGGCUGCGUUGACGAAACGAGCUGCCGCGCUUGGAGCUGCCGCGCCCACUGCUUACGGCGACAAGUCGCGCGAGAAGGGAGGAAAGGAAGAAAAGGAAGAAGAGGACGAUGAGCGCUUCCAGGAUCCUGACAAUGAGACGGGUUUGUUUGCCUACGGGCAGUUCGACCAGGAAGACGAUGAGGCGGAUCGAAUCUACCAAGAGGUCGAUGAGAAGAUGGAUAGGCGCCGGAAAAUUCGAAGGUUAGUACCGUUCCCUUAUACCGCCCUUUUUCAAGAGAUUUCUUGUUCAUCGGGCCAAGCCCCGGUUGUUUGGAUAGAAUACCGACAUGAAUCGUUCGCCACCUACAGGGAAGCUCGAGAGCAACAAGAACGCGAAGAUUAUGAACGAAAAAACCCAAAGAUCCAACAGCAAUUUGCCGAUUUGAAGCGCUCCCUCGCAGCAGUGUCUGAGGACGACUGGGCCAACCUACCCGAAGUUGGUGACCUGACAGGCAAGAACCGACGAGAGAAGCAGAAUAGUCGCCAGAGGUUCUACGCCGUGCCGGACAGCGUUAUUGCAGGUGCCCGAGACUCAGCCCAGUUUGACACAACCGUUGCCGACGACGGCGGUGCGGCCGAUGGAGAUGCAGAUGGCACUAUGACAAAUUUUGCGGAUAUCGGUGCUGCGCGUGACAAGGUGUUGAAAGUCAGAUUGGACCAGGCUGCGCUCGGAUCAGCUGCAGAGGCCUCGGGAAGUGCCACCAGUAUCGACCCCAAGGGUUAUCUCACCAGCCUGACCAAAUCGGAAGCGAAAGCCGGUGAAGUCGAGGUGGGCGAUAUUAAGCGAGUUCGAGUCUUGUUGGAAUCCGUUACUAAAACCAACCCCAAACACGCCCCCGGAUGGAUUGCCCUCGCGCGUCUUGAGGAGCUUGCAGGUCGAAUUGUUGCAGCCAGAAACAUCAUCGCUAAAGGAUGUGAGCUUUGCCCAAAAAGCGAAGAUGCAUGGAUGGAGAAUAUCCGUCUGAACGAAGGUCACAACGCCAAGGUUAUUGCGGCGAAUGCAAUCAAGAACAACGACCGCUCUACGGGACUCUGGAUCGAGGCCAUGAAACUGGAGACAGAUUCACGGGCCAAGAAGAACGUGCUUAGGCAAGCUAUUUUGCAUAUUCCUCAAUCAGUUCAAAUCUGGAAAGAAGCUGUCAAUCUGGAAGAAGACCCCGCCGAUGCACGCCUUCUGCUGGCAAAGGCCGUAGAGAUGAUUCCUUUGUCAGUGGAGUUGUGGUUGGCUCUCGCUCGACUUGAGACACCUGAAAAUGCUCAGAAGGUCUUGAACGCUGCACGCAAGGCCGUUCCCACAAGCCACGAAAUCUGGAUUGCUGCCGCUCGUCUUCAAGAACAGAUGGGUACAUUUGAAAAGGUCAAUGUUAUGAAGCGUGCCGUCCAGUCCCUCGCCAGAGAGAACGCUAUGUUGAAGCGAGAGGAAUGGAUUGAAGAGGCUCAGCGAUGCGAAGAAGAAGGCGCCAUCCUCACCUGUGGCGGUAUCAUUCGCGAGACGCUGGGAUGGGGUCUGGAUGAAGACGAUGAUCGGAAAGACAUAUGGAUGGAAGAUGCAAAGUCGAGCAUUGCCCGGGGCAAGUACGAGACUGCUCGUGCCAUCUACGCAUAUGCCUUACGAGUCUUUGUCAAUCGCCGAUCCAUCUGGCUUGCUGCGGCUGACCUGGAGCGCAACCAUGGCGACAAGGAAGCUCUAUGGCAAGUUCUCGAGAAAGCCGUUGAAGCAUGCCCUCAGAGCGAGGAGCUUUGGUUGCAGCUCGCGAAAGAGAAAUGGCAGUCCGGUGAAAUCGACGAUGCCCGACGAGUUCUCGGCCGUGCCUUCAACCAAAACCCUAACAACGAAGAUAUCUGGCUUGCUGCUGUCAAGCUCGAGGCGGAUGCCCAACAGACCGACCAGGCACGGGAACUUCUGGCUACUGCUCGCCGUGAAGCUGGUACGGAUCGCGUGUGGGUCAAGAGUGUUGCUUUUGAGCGGCAGUUGGGCAAUAUCGACGACGCAUUAGAUCUCGUCAACCAGGGUCUGCAGCUGUACCCCAAGGCAGACAAACUCUGGAUGAUGAAGGGCCAAAUAUACGAGGCUCAAAACAAGUUUCCACAGGCCCGCGAGGCGUACGGAACCGGCACCAGAGCCUGCCCCAAAUCCGUGCCGCUUUGGCUGUUGGCAUCUCGAUUGGAAGAGAAGGCGGGUGCCGUCGUUCGUGCACGCUCCGUUCUUGACCGAGCUCGUCUUGCGGUCCCCAAGAGUGCUGAACUCUGGACAGAGAGUGUGCGCGUGGAACGUCGUGCGAACAACAUUGCUCAGGCCAAGGUAUUAAUGGCGCGGGCGUUGCAGGAGACUCCGGCAUCCGGAUUGCUCUGGAGUGAGAGUAUCUGGCACCUUGAACCGCGGGCACAGCGCAAGGCUCGCAGCUUGGAGGCGAUUAAGAAGGUGGACAACGACCCAAUUCUGUUCAUCACAGUGGCACGAAUCUUCUGGGGCGAACGUCGACUAGAGAAGGCGAUGACCUGGUUUGAAAAGGCGAUCGUCUCGGACAGCGAUUACGGUGAUGGCUGGGCUUGGUACUACAAGUUCCUUUUGCAGCACGGAACAGAGGUUCGUUUCUUGCUCAAUUGCAAUUAUGAGGGCUUUGCUAACAUCUAUCUUAAGGACAAACGAUCCGACGUUAUUACCAAGUGCAUUUCAAUGGAGCCUAAGCACGGCGAGGUCUGGCAGUCUGUGGCUAAGGACCCGGUCAACGCGCAUAAGUCGACGGAGGAGAUCUUGAAGAUCGUUGCAAAUGCUAUUAACUAA